GAUGCUGGCAGUCAUCUCUGGAUUGCAGUCGACGAACAACCAAGCCUCUAAAUUACUGAGGUCGAUGGUUUGGCGUCAGCUGCAUUAAGACGUAUGACCUCAGAAUAUAGUAAACCAUUUGGACAGGACAGUGUCAUAUAUGCUCAAGUUUUUGUGUACAUGUUUGUCAAACGUGUCGCAGUAUGGCUUACCACGAGCGUGAUUUUAACUUCCGCGACAACUACUACUACUACGGAGCAGUCGCAGGACAGCCUACAGGAUAGCCAGCGGAUAUACGUGCACGGGGGCCGGCCGGUGGAGCGCGGUGAGUUCCCCUUCCUGGCGCUGCUCGAGAUCGCCGACGGAGAGGGCGUCAUGGUCUGCUCGGGCAGCAUACCCUCGCCCACCACCGUGAUCUCCUCAGCGCACUGCGACGUGGGCACCAUCACUGCCUACGCCGGUUUAGUUAACAACACUGAUAUGGACAUAGAGGAUGGUAAAACACAGGCACGCUAUGUGGAGUCUGUGACAAAACCGAACUACCCCAAGUUCUACGACAUAAUGAUCUGUUACGUGAACGAGUCGUGGAUAUGGAGCGAAUUCGUCGCGCCUGUCGCCCUAUAUCUCAACGAAACAAGCAUGCAGCCGUCGUUCGUGAUCGACUGUCAGGUUGUGGGCUUCGGGCAGACGAUGCCUGAUGGGCCGGUUGGCGUGGCGCACGUGAUGAAGCAGCUGGUCGGCAGCAGCUCCCAGUGCGCGCACCUGCACCCCAUCCUCUGGUUCUUCUCCUUCUGGAUGUGCUCCGUCGAUGUCAACAACAAGACCAUGUGCCAGGGAGACUCGGGCGGGCCUGUGAUGUGCUCUACAGCGACCGGCUUCAAACAGUGGGCGGUGAACAUGGGCGUGGCCCCGGCGGAGAAGGAGUGCCUGCCGCAGAAGACGGCCAACGUGUACGUCAGCACCGCCUACUUCCGGAGCUGGAUCCUCGACAACAUUAGAGACUUAGCAUCGUGUGCUGGCAGCGUCCGGCGUGGCUCAGUGCGAAUUUUCAUGCGCAAGGCGCUGCCGUAUCGACCUCUGUGGCUGUUGCCGAUAACCGCAGUCACAUUGUUUUAUGUACACUGAAUUAGUGAUGGUUUUUGUGGCAGUCUCCAAUUUUUUGGGAUGUUUGUUGAUUGCAGCGGCCUGUACUUGCACCUGUAGAAAAUUUUAGUUACGAUUGUAUUGUUUUUAUAAAGAUGUACAUUUAUAUAUCAAACCAUGAUUAUUGUUCUCUGUCCGUUUACAACUGCUGUGUGCUCUAAAAUUAUAACUCUUACCAGAGUCACGUUUUAAGUAUUUGCAAACUGAAUCAAAGCAAAAUAUUUCGGGUGGCA